AUGACAUCAAACACCAACUACACUAGUGUCGAUGACAGCGCUGGAUCUCAGGCUGCUUCAGGCCUCGGUGACAAGAUCAAGGGCUCUUGGAACGUCUUCCAUGGCGCUGGCGAGGGCAUCCGUGGCAACGUCAACUCUUUCCUCGACAAUGCCGGCGAGCAGCUCCAGGGAAACGAUGCUGCUGCCGCGGCCCAACAAUCUAGCCACAGGGGCGAGCGCCCCGCAGGCGUUGCCUCCAAAGGUGCGGACGAGAUCCAAAAGGGCGUUGAACAGAUCCGAAGGUGA